AUGAUCGCGCACAAGCACGCGCUCGCCGCCGCGCUGCUGUGCGCAUUGGCCGGCCAGCUCGGAGCCGGAGCCAGCCUGCACUGUGCCAUGAGGAGAGAGAUCUCGCCCUGCACCUGCCGUCGUGAAGAUGGCACUGGUGCUAUUUUAGUUGUCUGUCAACGUAUCAGUGCUUACGAAGAAAUUGCUCGGGCUUUAACAAACAAGUUCAGCCCAGAAACAAAAAUCGGAUUGGAUAUCUCCUACUCCCAGCUUCCGGACUUUUCUGACCACAGCAUCAAAGAACUCGGACUUUCUAUCACAAGACUUAAACUAAACUUCGACAAUUUAAGUGAGUUGAAAGAAAGUGUUUUCACGAAAUUGGACUUGGUGGACUACUUCAGUCUGGCUGACAACUCGUUAACAGAAAUGCCGAGACAUGUACUCCAGCACCUGCCGCACGUAAAGACCCUCGACCUCUGCAGGAACAAAAUCACGAAGCUCACCGAAGAUGACUUCAGGGACAUACAGGAAGUGGAACACUUACUGGUGGCAGAUAACCAGAUAUCAAAAAUAGAGAGAGAUGCGGUGCCCAAAGCUUUAAAGCACGUUCAUCUUGGAAUCAACAAGCUGAGUUCACUAAAUGGAGCUCUCAGGGAUUUGGACGAUUUGGAAUGGAUUUUCAUAAACGCCAAUAAUUUAAAGUCUAUAGAAAAUGAAUUGCCAGUUAAAGCGAAAAGGAUUGUUCUAAUUCACGCCGCCCACAACGAAUUACAAACCUUACCCAAAGACCUGAAACAAAUGCCUUCACUAGAAUCAUUGUAUUUCUAUGGAAAUAGUAUCAAAUUAUUGGAUGGAGCUCUGCAGAAGUCCAGAAGAUUGAUGAGGAUAGGACUGUCUUUCAACAAGAUAGAAAGUCUAGCGGAGGAUGAGUUUACUGAAGCAGAGAAAUUGGCUGAAUUGGAUAUUGCGUAUAAUCAACUCAAAUCAUUAAAUGGAUCUUUAAAGAGUUUGAAGUCAUUGCGAUAUUUGAAUCUAACUCAUAAUUACAUGACAGAAUUUUCUCUGCAAGAAAUCAAAGGUUUAAAAAGAUUGUCUGUUAUUGAUCUCUCUCAUAAUAGAAUAAGUCUUAUAACAGGAAACAUGGAGAAUUUGGUUGACGUUGAAACUCGUGUCCUAGAACUGAGACUUGACCAUAAUUACAUCCUUAGCUUGGGCGGAGCGCUGAUGGGGCUGCACGGCCUAUUGAGGCUCAAUUUAAGUAACAAUCUUCUUCAGCAAAUUUCACCGGAUGACCUGAUUGGUCUUGAAGAUUUGAGGUUGCUUGACGUGUCCCAUAACCACAUAACUACAUUGGAAGAAACAUCAAAGACAUUUUUGCCGUCACUUGAAGAAUUGAUAGCACACCAUAACAACAUAACUUUACUUGAUAAAGAUUUCCAUGGAUUGCCCUCGUUGUGCAUAGCUGAUUUGUCAUUUAACCACAUCAAGACCGUUAACUAUGACGUUGUGUCAAAAUCUAGAUGUACUAUCAAUGGAGUGCCUAGCGUAUUAAAGAUUUACCUUCAAGAUAACCCGGUUUUAUGCGACGAUCACCUGUACGAGCUCAUCACUGUGCUGGAGACGUUGAGCGCUCGCAUUAACGGUGCGUCAACAUGCGUGGCGCCGCAGACCACAGCGCCCGUCCCGCUGAGGGCGCUAAACGACGUGGUGCCGCCUCAGGAAACACCGCCAGUCAUCAUCAUGACACAGUUGGGGGGUGGCCCGCGUGCACUACCAGAUGGUGUUGACCAUGACACCGCUUCAGUACCACAAGUGCCUCAACUGAUGUACAGGCGCGUGGGAGCACUCUUCGGUCACGUGCUGCCUGAGCGCGAGGGUGGAUUACCAGUGGUCGUGGAACCACCAGUGACGCUGCCACCCGCCAGCACUAACGUCGUGGUAAAGUGGCCCGAUGAGAGGAGAGUGGAAGAGACACAUCCGCUGGUUGACCACCUGCGGCUCCGAGACCUAAACGCAUCGCCGCAGUGA